CAUCCCCAUGACAACACUGAGCCCAUUCAAUUCCUGACAUUUGAGAAGACCACACCUUAAAUAAUUUCACAUAACAAUUUGUAUAUUUCGUAAUGCAGCAGAUUUUUGUAAUCGCGGCCUUAAUUACGAUCACGGCUGCGGGAUCGCCAUGGAUUCCUGAACCGCAAGAGCAGCUAGAUUGGAUGCCCUGGUUAUGGCUGGACAGACAUCAGGAGUUUGUAGAUAAUAGCCAACUCCAUGGUUCUAACUUGUCCGUAAUUUUCUUUGGGGACUCCAUCACCGAGGCGUGGAAUUAUACGGGGCGGUCCGUGUGGGAUGCGAGAUAUGCUCCUCUGGGUGCGGCGAAUUAUGGGAUUGGCGCCGACCGCGUGGAGCACGUGCUGUGGAGAAUUAUUAACGGGGAGGUGGACAAUGUAUCGCCGAAACUUUGUGUUGUAAAAAUUGGGACAAAUAACAUUUGGGGCAAUACGAACUUUGACAUCGCCCGCGGGGUUGCCGCUAUCGUGUCAGAGUUGAGAAGUCGACUUCCCACCACGAAAAUCCUCCUCCUCGGUGUCCUCCCGCGCCACAAUGUGCAAACCAUGGUGCACGUGGACCAGGUGAACGAGCAUCUUGGAAUCCUCGACAAUGGCGGCACGGUUCGAUUUCUGAACAUGCGCGACACCUACUACGUAGGCGAUGGCGUCUUUAAUACCAAUUUGUUCGACCCGGACAUGAUCCAUUUGUCUGGAGAGGGGUACACCGCCUGGAAUCAGUCGAUGGAUGCUCUUUUCACGGAAAUGUGGAACUCUACUUAAUAAACUUACAAGAUUUUGUUUGUUCAUUGAUUAUUUAAAAAAUAUAUGAUAUAAAAAAUAAAUGAGUUUUAUGAAGUUUGUUACA